AUGAAAAAUACGAGACUUGAUGAGGAAUUUCCAGCACUUUCCUCAAUAUCACGUGGCCCAAAUUCUCUUCCAACGAAUCCACCAAUACCAGCAUCUCCUCCACCAUCUAAAAUUGCUCAGGAACAGCAACAAAUGAUAAUAGAUUCAGAAAUAUAUAAAGACUUCACGCCAAACAGCGACAGUCAAUCAACUCUUAUACCAGAUGACUUUGGCUAUGCUUUAGACUCUGUAAUGAAUUUUAUUCCAGAAACACCAUACGAAAGCGACGGAUUAAUCGACGAUUGCUCAAAUGAUCAAAUGUAUCCAAGACCAUCUCACACCAAAUUUAUUCAGCCGGAAUUUUUCAAGAAAUAUGACAACGAUACGCUAUUUUUCAUAUUUUUCUACAGCCCAGGUACUCCUCAACAAUAUUUCGCUUCAAAAGAGCUAAAAUCGCGCGGUUGGGCAUUCAAUAUUACACAGAAAACAUGGUUCAGAGCUGUAGGAGAGCCUACAGAUAGUGAAUCAGAUUUUCAGACAGGAAAGUUCGAAUACUUUGAUCACAAGAACCCUGAAAGUUGGAUGAUACGUCAAAUCGAAAAGAAUUAA